GUAGGUUAGAACAAGAGAGAGUUUCUCGUGAGACGAAACUAACGGAGUUACGUGAAACACUUAUGGAGUGUAAAAGACUGCGGGAAAAGGGAGACGAGAAAUUUCAAACUUUCAUUCUCGACGAGGUGGCCACCAUUAAGAACAAUCUCGUCCUCGAAGCUCAACAACGAGAGCAGUGCGAUGAUGAUAUUGUACAA